CGCCCUCUUUUAGCUGCAAGAAGAGACAACAACCAGCGCACAAUAUGGUCAUCAAUCCCACCUACCUCGCGCAGCGGACGCGGCAGUCUGUGAAUUGGAAUGAUGCGCAGAGGCGGGUUGCGAAGAGCUAUCGCGAGUGGAUUCGUUCUGCCCCGGAGAUCCAGACGAUGUACUCGCUGAACAUUUCGGUUGGCGAGCUGCGGACGAAGAUGAGGGAGCAGUUUGAGCGUCACCGAUACGUGAAGCAGCUGCCCGUGGUGGAUAUGUUGCUGUUCCAGAGCCAUGCGGAAUACCAGGAAACCCUAAACUACUGGAAGCAACUUCCCCACAUCCUCAAGUAUUUCCGCGCCGAAGAGGACCCCACCGCGCAUCUCCCCAAGAACUUCAUGAGCGGUUUCCUCGAGGGCCGGAAUUAGAGAAGGAGAGUGAGGAGGCAGAGGGCCGUGGCAUAGAGAUAGAGCCAGCUGGUGAGAGGGAGUUUUGGUGGAGGGGGUGUAGUGAAGUGGGAGAGAGGGGGAUUUGUAUAUAUCCGUUACUAUGUCGAGAAUAGGACGAAAGUGUUUCUUGCUAGUUGGGAG